UAAAAUACCACGAGGCUAGGGUUCCGAACCUGCGAGAAAGAAUCUGUUGUCGCCGCCGGCCGCUAGCUCGAAGAGAAGAGACAUGGGUGGGAAGUGUCCGCAUAGGAAGGUGAAGAAGCGCAGGUUCUCGCAUAAGACGGCUCGCCGCUCCAAAUUCCUCCUCAAAGGUGAUGAUAUGGUGUAUAGCGAGCUUUUGAAGUUGGCGGAGGGGGCAGAGGCGAAGCCCCAGCCUCUGGACGAAGACCUCCCGGGGAUGGGCCAAUUCUAUUGCCGCCACUGCGAUCGAUAUUUUGCGAACGAGGAUGUGAGAGAUGAGCAUUUCCGGUCAAAGCGCCACAAGAAACGGGUGAAGCAAAUGAUGGGACCUGCUCCACACACUCAACUAGAUGCUGAACUAGCUGCGGGCAUGGGAAUGCCUGAUAAUGGUCCUAAGCUCAUGUCCGCAUGAGCCCUUCACUUUUAUAGGCGUUUCUGCCAUAAAAGGAUGUUGUGAAAGUUUGGGGCUGUUAACAAUUCUCAUUAGAGGUAGCAUCAGUGGAAGAAGGCUUUCUGAUUGAUAAAGCGGACUUUGGGCAGAAUCUUUUGUCCCGCUUUGUAACGCCAUUUGGUCAAGAGAGAUGACAUUUAGAAUUAAAUGGUAUAAUAUAUGUCCGAUUCUUCCACGUGUUUUAUUUUAUCAUGGUGGUGGGAUGCUGUUCUUGGUGGGCAUAAUUUUAUGUAAAAAAGUGAGCUCAGUGGUCUUGACUUUGUGGCCAUUUGCUUUUCUCCUUGGACUCACUCAUGAGGUUUCAGCUUGGUAGGUCUAGACCAUCCCAUGUGGUCCAUGCAUGGCUGGGUUGAGACAAAAGACCAUGAUUAUGAUAUACCUGUUCGACCCCAUCAUCUCAUGUGUCCUGCUAUUUUCAGAUCAUAUCUUUUAAA